GUGGUUACUCCUCGUCUCUUCUCUCAGACUCUCACCCUCCUACUAUAAAAAAAAGCAGUGGGGGCUCGUGCGAUGGGAGGGUCGUGGUCUUCGUCGUCGUCGUCGUCGUCGUCGUCGGAGAAGAGAGUUGGUUCGGAGAUGGCGCUACCCAAGGCCAAGGACAUCGUCGCUUCCACCCCCGUCGUCGUCUUCAGCAAGACAUAUUGUCCCUACUGCAAUCAGGUUAAACAGCUGCUAGCGCAGCUCGGGGCAAAUUUUAAGGCAAUUGAGUUGGAUGUGGAAAGUGAUGGAUCGGAAAUUCAGUCAGCUCUGCUGGCGUGGACCGGACAGAGAACUGUUCCGAAUGUUUUUAUCGGUGGAAAGCAUAUUGGCGGUUGCGACACCGUGACUGCAAAGCACAAUGAACGGAAGCUGGUGCCUCUGCUCACGGAAGCCGGAGCCCUGGCCACCGCGGCUGCUUAAAUAUAUCAGAUGUUUUAAUAGGCAUGUGCUGCCGCUCAGGUGCUUCAUCCUUAUUCAUAUAAAUACUGGGAUAAGGAAUAUUCUGUUUUGCAUUGCAUGCUAAGCUUCUUCAACUCUGACUCUUGCUCAACUCAAUUACUCGUCUUCGUACUUAUGACUGGUGGUGUCUGGUGGUGUCUUGAGCUUCUAACGUACUCUUUUGAGCUGCAUUUGAUCUGCUGGUGGUGGUGAUGAUGAGUAAGUCCAAAUGAUAUAGGUUACAGAAAUGUUAUCCUGUAUAAAUGCCUGAGAGGUUCGCUGUGUACUGUGAUGCACGAAUUAGAAUGCAUAUGGGCAAAUCUAGUAGAAUACAUCUGCUUCUCUCUCUCUCUC